CUGGACGCUCCCAAUUUAUAUUCUACAAACCAUACACACUCCAUCCCCAAAAUUCGAAAUUCGCCGAAACACAACAAAAACAACGGCCUUCAAUUUGACACAACCGAGGAAGGUUUUUAAGAAUGAAUCAGCAACAAGGAGAUCAAGCAAACGCUCCCUCCUCAGAUUCAAACAAGCACACGCUUCACUCAACGGAUUACGCUCCCUACCCUAAACUUGAUCCAAACGACGUCGCUCCACCUCCGGAGAAUUUGUCCAACGUUUCCGUCGGUCCAGCACCUAUCAGCGAGACUGCCGCCACCACUAUGCCGUCGGAGUCCAAUCCCUACGUGUCUCCUUCUCCGGUUUCGUCGUCCUCCACCAAGAAAAUCGUAGAUAAGAUGGAUUCGGUGAAGGAUGCGUUAGGAAAGUUUGGAAAGAAGGCUGUGGAGGUCACGAAGAAGGCUGAGGAUCUUGCUGGGAAUAUGUGGCAACAUUUGAAAACAGGUCCAAGCUUUGCUGAUGCUGCUGUAGGAAGAAUUGCACAGGGAACAAAAGUUAUUGCAGAAGGUGGAUACGAGAAGAUUUUUCAACAAAGUUUUGAGAUUGUUCCUGAGGAAAAACUUCUAAAGACAUAUGCAUGCUACCUGUCAACAUCUACUGGUCCAAUAAUGGGAGUUUUAUAUUUGUCCACUGCAAAGCUUGCAUUUGGUAGUGACAAUCCUUUGUCUUUUAAAGUUGGUGAGCAGACUCAAUGGAGCUAUUAUAAGGUUGUUCUUCCCUUAAAUAAGCUGAAGGCAGUCAAUCCCUCAACAAGCAAAGUCAAACCAGGUGAGAAGUACAUCCAGGUUAUCUCUAUUGACGACCAUGAGUUUUGGUUCAUGGGUUUUGUGAACUACAAUAGUGCUGUGAAAAAUCUUCAGGGAGCAUUGCAGCAUUGUGGCUGAUGACUUGCUGAGGCCAAAACUUUUCACCAUGUUAUAUAUAGGACAUCAUAUGGCCAACUUUUAAUAUAGAUAAAACAUACCAUUCAAAUUUCGCUAAGAUAUAUCGUAUGUUGUCUUGUUUAUGAAGUUACUUUGAUACAUGUUGUGUGUUGAAAUUGAUUCAUUGUAAUUUUGUACCUUUGUAAUGUACUUGGAUUGGUGAAAAACAAUAGAUUGUGCGCUUCACUUCA